AUGAACACUCGCCAGGUCAUCGAUGACUCGACAGGGCCCGUGUCUCUAUCAGCCACUUUCAACAGCGACUGUAGCUGUUUCUCUGUCGGUCUGGACACGGGCUUUUGCGUUUUUAAUGCGGACCCAUGUGAGCUGAAAGUGUCCCGAGAUUUCAAUGCAGGCAUCGGCCUCGCAGAAAUGCUAGGACAGUCUAACUACCUCGCAAUCGUUGGCGGCGGGAGGCAACCAAAGCUACCACAAAAUAAAAUGGUCAUUUGGGACGACGUCAAACAGAAAGCCGUGAUCACACUCGAAUUCCGUACCUCCGUCCUUCGCGUACGGUUAUCCAAGUCACGCAUUGUUGUUGCGCUUCUCAACAGCAUUCAUGUUUUCGCUUUCUCUACACCCCCGAAAAAACUUUCUGUUUUUGAAACAUCGGAUAACCCGCUGGGCCUGAUAUGUCUUGGAAAGAAGCUUUUGGCCUUCCCGGGUCGAUCUGGUGGCCAAGUUCAGUUGGUCGAGCUAGAGACUGGGAACGUCAGCAUUAUUCCAGCACACAGCUCUGCCCUUCGAGCUAUGGUGUUGAGCCCAGAUGGCGAGAUUCUCGCCACAGCAAGUGAAGCGGGUACCUUGAUACGAGUAUUCUCUACAAGCAACUGCGCCAAGAUUGCCGAACUACGACGGGGGGUGGACCAUGCCAUGAUAUUCUCUCUUGCAAUUUCGCCUUCUAGCACACUUUUAGCAGUCACAUCAGAUAAGUCCACUCUCCAUGUCUUUGAUCUUCCGCAUCCACGAGCACUAGCACGACGAAGCCAAUCUCCAUCGUCGCCUUCUGAGGAUGGAGUUAAUCAGAAAUGGGGGAUAUUGGGCAAAAUUCCCUUGCUUCCUCGUGUAUUUUCUGAUAUAUAUUCAUUUGCGAAUGCCCACUUUGAAAUCGGCGAGGAAUCUCCAAGCGGGGCGCCAUAUAUCCCCCCGUUAGGAUCAUCUAUUGGACAGCCGUCUAAAGGUGUCCUUGGUUGGAUUAACGACCAAACAAUCUUAGUCAUUAGUGCUGGUCGAGAGGGUCGUUGGGAAAAAUUUGUUAUACGUGAAGGCGAAGGCGGGAAGCGCUUUUGUAUAAGAGAAGGCUGGAAGCGAUAUCUGGGAGGUGGAUGA